GUUUUAUCUAACGUGCUCUUGACGGUGAUCACACAGACAGGGGAUUCGCUGUCAAGAGGGUGGAUGCCUAAAGCUGGAAAUGACCUAGAGGCCUUACAGAUACAUUUGUGCUUUUGUCGCUCUAAUCUGCAUCCGCGGGGAACAGCGAGAUCUGGAAGCACACUUGUUUCCGCAGUGAGUAAUAUCUACCUCAGCCAGCAGACAGGGGAGAGACCAGGAAGCUGCUGGAGACUUCAGACAGGCAGACGGAGCUAUCAGCUGGCCACUUGCUCACUGCCUGCAGAGUCCUGCUUUGUGAAGAGGAUUUGAGACGGACUGGAUCUGUCUGCCCUUCGCCUCCCACUGCUCCUCUACCAGCCAGUGCACAAGCAAAGCCGAAGCCACAUCCUCUGAUUCCAGCAUUUACUCACUUGUUUUUUUUUCUUUUUUUUUCUUUUUUUUAUUAUUACUGUCAUUUUCCCUCUGUGCUGUUGACCAGUGUCUCAUUUUCCUUGGAAUCAUUUUUCAUAUCUGCUUUCAGCUUUUAAAAGGAUUUUCUACUUUUAUUAGUGCAGGCUGGUAUAGGUUUAUAUAUGUACAUACAUAUGUGUAUAUACUCCAUAUACUGUAUGAAGAAGGAAUUUUUCCCCUAUUCUGAAGGAAAGUUAAUGUGCUUUAAAACUUGGCUGUAGUACUCCUUUGAAAUUAAGGAGUGUUUUUGACUUCUUCUUCCCUAUUAUGAUAAUUUUGUUUGAAGCUGGAAACAGAGAAUCUGGAGGUGUGUCUGUGCUGUUUUUUAAGCUGGGCCUGACGUUUCUGCAGCAGGGCUGCAUGUAAGCAUUUCACUCAGUCUGCCAGUCUUUUUGAUCGGCCUCCGACCUCACCCACUUCUGUGCUGCCUCUCCACAGGGCGCACUGAGAUGAGCCUCUGGCAGGUGGAAUCCUCCUGUCUUUUUACGUAACUUGAACAGUUUCAGGAUCGUUGGGUUUGGUGUUUUUGUAAAGAGGACAAGAGCACUUUGUGGGGAAAACCAGACAAAAAACAGGAGCUUCCGGUGCUGUUGCACCACUUAUGUAUUGUUGUAGUGCGCAGGAAAGUAAAAUGGACUACAAGCGUCGCUUUUUGCUCGGCGGGUCCAAGCAGAAAGUGCAACAGCACCAGCAGUACCAGAUGCCUGAGCUGAGCCGGACCUUGAGCGCCUCCCUGGCCUCCACUUGCUCGGCCUCUUCACCCAUGGGCACCGGGGUGGGCAUGCCUGGCAGCUGCCACCCACCACCCUCUGCUGCCACCACUGCGGUUGCCGACAUCCAGCAAGGCAUCUCUAAAUAUUUGGAUGCCCUCAACGUGUUCUGCCGGGCCAGCGCCUUCCUCACAGACCUGUUCAGUAGUGUGUUCAGGAACUCUCACUAUUCCAAAGCAGCUAUGCAACUGAAGGACGUGCAGGAACACGUCAUGGAGGCGGCCAGCAGGCUGACUGCAGCAAUAAAACCUGAGAUCGCCAAGAUGCUGAUGGAGCUGAGCGCCGGGGCCGCCAACUUUAAAGACCAGAACGACUUCAGCCUGCAGGAUGUUGAGGUACUGGGUCGAUGCUUCCUCACAGUGAUGCAGGUCCACUUCCAGUUUCUAUCACAGGCUUUGCAGAAGGUCCAACCUGUGGCUCAGUCCUGCCUGGCAGAGGCUCUUGCUCAGGCCCAGGAGCGAUGCGCCAACGCCCGCACCCAAAGCUCCGACCUCGGGCCCCUCACAGAGCUGGAGGAAGCCUCCCGCUCCUGGAAAGGUGCAGCUGAGGCCACGGCGAGGCUGAGAGAGAGGGGCCGGGACGGCUGCCUGGCAGGCAUCCAGGUUCAGCAGCUCUUCUGCUCCAACAACACCACCAUCCCAGAGCACCAGCUGAAGGAGCUCAACAUGAAGAUUGACAAUGCUUUACAGGCCUAUAAAGCAGCACUAGAGAGCCUGGGCCAUAGUGAGUAUGCACUGAAGGCCGGCUUUCAUCUUAACCCCAAAGCUGUGGAGGCAGCCUUACAGGGCUGCUGCAGUGAGGCAGAGGCUCAGCAGGCAGGGAGGAUGCAGACCACCUCCCAGCCCAUCCAGUGCGAGCUGCCCACCAUCCCUGUGCAGAUAGGCUCACAUUUCCUCAAAGGAGUGUCCUUCAACGAGUCAGCGGCUGAAAACUUAAAACUGAAAACGCACACGAUGCUGCAGCUCAUUAAGGAGGCACUGGGCCAGAAUGGAGUGACCCCCAGGGACGACUCUCCCGUCACAGAGGUCCUCAACCAUGUCUGCCCAUCCAGUUGGAGAGGAGCCUGCAAGACAGCUGUCCAGCUGUUGUUUGCCCAGGCUGGUCUGGUGGUUGUUGAUACAGCUCAGAUUGAGAACAAGGAGGCCUAUGCUCCUCAGAUCACUCUGGAGGGCUCCAAGGUAGUGGUCCAAGUUCCUUCUACAUGGUGUCUGAAGGAGGACCCAGCCACUAUGUCCUUGCUCCAGCGGAGCUUGGAUCCCGAGAAGACGCUUGGUCUAGUAGACAUGCUCUACACCGCUGUAUUUGACAUCAACAGGUGGAAGGAAAGAAAGGAGCAAGCCUUGCCCACAAUUCAGCUACAGCUGCAGAGGGAGAGUCCAGACUAUGGUGGCCAGGCAGACCUGCCUCCAGGCACCAGCUCCAAGACCUCCAGCGGACUGCCCAAAACAAUAUCCAAGCUGACUUCCAAGUUCACCAAGAAGGUCUCAUCCAGCUCUAAUAGCGGGGGCAGUUACUCCAUCCCUAGCACUCCGUCUCGCAGCAUGCUAACAACCAGUAGCUCUGAGGAUAAGGCCAAGAGCCUGGCCCACAGUGAUGGGAGGCUACAAAGUAUCCUGCAGAUGGGAAGCCUGUCCUGCACCCCUGACUCUACACAGCAGGGCCAGCUGGCCAAUGGCUCCGUGUCUGAGGACCAGGGGAUGAACCUGCCGACUGACCAAGAGAUGCAGGAUGUCAUCGACUUUCUCUCAGGAUUCAACAUGGGUAAAUCCCAGCAGGCCUCGCCCCUGGUCAAGAGGAGGAACUCUGUGGCGUCUGCAAAUCCGGCUGAGCUGAAGCCGCCCAGUGGACCUCCACCAACACCCCAGUCUAUCUCUCACAGUGCCCUACAGCCCCAAGCUCAGACCCUACCCCAGCCCCAGCCUCAGCCUCCUCCAUCAGUGCAGAAGCAGCAGCCUCAGCCACAACCGCAGCCACCUCCUCCGCAGCAGCAACAGCCCCAGCCCCAGCAGCAGCAGCAGCCGUCCGCUCCUCCACCUCAGCAGCCCUCCCCGCAGGCCCUGCAGUACUACCAGCACCUCCUGCAGCCCAUCGGUCAGCAGCAGCCACCUCCUCCCCAGCUUCCUCCACAGCAGACCCCACCACAAGUCCUGCCACAGCAGAGAGUGGCGAGCAAGUGGCUCGGCACUUCUGGGCAACAAGCUCCUCCACAAGGCCCCCCAGCGGGGCUGUCCCCUCUGGGUCCCAUCGGGCAGUGGGGAUCCCCUGGACUGCCAGAUCUGAGCUCAGACUUGUACAGUCUGGGCCUGGUCAGCACCUACAUGGACAGCGUCAUGUCAGAGAUGCUCGGUCAGAAGCCGCAGGGGCCCCGCAACAACACUUGGCCCAACAGGGACCAGAGCGAGGGAGUGUUUGGAGUCUUGGGAGACACGCUGCCAUUCGACCCAGCAGUUGGCUCUGACCCGGAGUUUGCACGUUACGUCGCCGGCGUCAGUCAGGCCAUGCAGCAGAAACGGCAGGUGCAGCACAUCCGUCGCCCUAGCAACACGCGCAGCAACUGGCCAAUGCCUGAUGAGCAGCACAGGACCUGGUCCCACCCUGAGUACUACAGUGAGGGUGAGGCCGUGAACAGCAGCUGGUCAGCCAAUCAGGGGGACUCAGCCAGCUCCAGCGAUGAGACAUCUUCAGCCAAUGGCGACAGUCUGUUCUCCAUGUUUUCUGGGCCAGAUCUUGUAGCGGCAGUUAAACAAAGGAGAAAACACAGCUGUGGUGAACCAGAGGUUUGCACCCUGCCCUCGCCACCACUCCAUCAUAUCGGUGAUGAUAACCAGGACAGCAAAACUAAAACCUGGCCUCCAAAAGCACCGUGGCAGCACUCCACCCACACCAACACCAUGCCCAAUCCCAGCUCUUCCUUGUACCAGAUGAACAUCCCUCCUUCCUCCCAGUGGAGCGACUCCAUGCAGAUGCUGCAGUCUCCCGUGUGGUCCACUGCCAGCGACUGCUCCCCUUCCACCGGCAUCUCCUCUGGUUUUCCCUUCACCCAGCAGCAGCAGCAGCAGCAGCAGCAACAACAACAACAACAACAACAGCAACAGCAGCAGCAACAACAGCAGCAGCAGCAGCAGCAACAACAGCAACACAAACCCAUGACCAAGGGCUUUAAAUCCUUCCCCCUCAAACAUGAGCACAGGCCCUCCUACCUUCACCAGUACUGACCAAUCUGAUGUCGAGUGAGUCCACGGUGAAGUGCCACGGAGGACCUGUAGCUCUGUUAAGAGGAGCCGCUGAGUGGGCUGAGCUGCAGCCUUUACAGUCCACACCCACUGAAUUGGAAGAUUUCAAAGCCUCAGAGGCAAAAUUAAGUAUACACACUGGCUCGACAUUUUUGUAUCUAUAUUUUUCCAUGUCAGACAUCCCCAUUUGAAAAAGAGACGUAUUUUGAAGUUUUUUCAACUGCCAUGUUUUAACUCUGAAGGGUGCAUGUGUCAUGCUGGCAGCAGUUAGUCUAGUGGUCGUUUCUCUGUCUGUUGAGCUGACUCCUCCUCAGGCAAGAGCUGGAGACGCGCGCGGCCGUCACCCACUUGCUUCUGCAGCUGAACGUGUGUAUGUGUGUGUGUGUAAAGGAGGGGAUUACAAGGGGGCAGGGGCUUGAAAUGCUCUCAUUUUGCCCAUAAUGAAUAUACUGUGUCUACAUAGCUGUAACUGCCAAAUCUCACGCAAGAUGACUCAGAAUACAGCUACCAUCUACUGUUUCAUAGCUUGUAAAAUACUGAAGUUGAAAUAUAAAUAUUUAGUUCUUUUUAUUAAGAGGCUUUGAGCAGGCUCAGCAUAAAUAUAGUAAGUCACUGCAGAGGUGUAAUUUGAGAGAAAUACACUACUUUUUCAACAACUGACCAGAGUUCAGAAUUAUAGCAGUAACUAUGUGCCAUGUUGGUAUUGAUAGCACUUGCAGAAUAUAAUUUCCAACCAAAGCGUUGUUGAGAAGAUGAAUGGUGCUGAGGAGAUAGGAGGUCUGAGGUUAGUGAUAAACAGUGAAGUUACACGCCCUACCGGAUGAGAUCAUUAGGGAACACCUUCACACCCAGAAGCGCAUUCAUUUCCUCCUCCUCUAAUUGGCGGUUGUUUGCUCCAGAUUGACACUAACUCCCAUAAACCUAACUUUUCUUUUGUUUAAUAAUACAAUAUUUUUCUUGUACAAUUAUUGACAGUAUUAAUCUUAUUUUUGUAUUUUCUUACAUGUUAUACCAUUACUGUAUGUUAGUAUUCUUGUAGCCAUAUUACAUGAAACAUUAUUUUCCACUUCCCAAUAUGUGAAAAAGCACAUUUUUUUCCUACAGAGAUGAACUACACCAUCUAUCUAUAAAGGUUACCAAAUAUGCCAUGCUAAACACUAAAACAAUGUGUGAUGAGGGUGUUUUCGAGCCCUUGUUUCUUCGGUUUCUAUGGCAAUGGGCUGUAUUUAGAGGCCCAGAAUGUUAUCUUUUUGUGAUGUUUGCGGAUGCCAAUGUUGCCUGUAUUUAUGAAAUGACACCAUGUUUUCAGAAAACUAACAUACUUAACAUGUUUACAGAGAAUUGUUUGCUGUAUAUACAUAUAAAUAUAUAUCUUUUUAUAGUUAAUGUGCUUUGCACAAUCAAGAUAUAGGGUUUGUUGCUUUUUGUCUGUGUUAUCUCCCUAACUGUUGCAGCCUUUUUUAAAGACAUCAUUACAGACCUUGGACUGUAACUGUUAGCUUCUCAGCUGUGUCAAAUGGUUUACUAGUGGCUUCUACAAAAGAUAAAAAAAAUAAUAAUAAAAACAUGUUGCCCUGAUAGAAGAUAUGAAGGGGGACUGCUUGGCUUAUGUUGCUUAUUGUUCUCUUGAGCUGGCAACUGAAUCUUUCCAAGUGUACCAGCAAUGCAAAAAAUGAAUAAAAAUGACUAGCAAUUCAGAA